CCCAAUUCGAACGAUAGUUGUUUGAAAAAAGUUGUAUUUAGUUGGAACUGGAAGGACCCCGAUUGAUUUAUCAGGAAAAUGGCUGACGAAGAAGAGGGAUUUUUCUCGUAUUUCCCUGACGAUUUCAAGGAAUAUAUGUACAAGGAACUCAACUGGUUGCCCAAGUUUUAUGAAACUUUUAUGGCAAAAUAUUUGAAUGGAGUGGUUUUCUGGAGCCGAGAAGACGACGAACCCGAACGUCUUUCUUCUACUCUCCCCGACGGCGAUAUUUUCAACUUAAACAAGAUCAUCAGAGAUUUGCUUUGCACAAUUAUACAGCAUUGGAUUGGUAGGCCGAUACUAGUUCAAUUUUGGGCACCCAUAACAACAAAAGAGGGCCGGUCUUUUCUUACAACUCGAAGCCAACCUUUCUCUCUAGCAUCACUUAUUUAUGAUGGACAUGAUAUUCUUGAUAUUUAUGGACUUUGUCGGUAUAGGAUGAUCUGUAUGGAUUCUAAAUUUGACAUUGAUUUGGAUGGGGGGAACACUUGUGAACAACACCUUCCUGCCCGAGUGUUCAAGCAUCAAUUCCCCGAAUCCACUCCUAAUGUCGAGUUUUACUCUAUCACAGAGUAUCCACAGCGUGACGAUGCUCUACGUUGCGGACUCCGAGAAUCUUUCGCUUUCCCAGUCUUUGAAUCUUCUACCCAAAGGUGUGUUGGCGUAAUGGAAGUAGUGACACUAGAGGAAGACCUUGGAUUUCUAAUUUGUAGCAGCAAUUUUCUAAUUUGUAGCAGCUAUUUUCGGAACGAUAUGUAUAUAGAUUUUGAGGAGUUUGGUCUGAAAUGUUCAGUUGUAUUUGAUCACGAGGACAUGGAAUUAGAUGAGGAUGAAAAUGAAGCUCGUAUAAUUGCCUUGGUUGAAAUCGAGAAUGUGUUGAAAAUGGUAUGUGAUGUUCAUGAUUUACCUUUAGCUCAGGCAUGGGUCCCAUGCAAGGUAGGUUGGCCAUGCAGGGCUCUGGUUGAUGGUGACAUCCUUGGUGUAAGUUGUUAUUACAAGAAAGAUGACUAUGGUGAAGAUGUAGAUGCUUUUCGUCGUAUCAGUUCUUUGUUUCACUUAAAGAAUGGGGUGGGGGUUGUUGGGAGAGCACUUUUGUCCACUAAUAUGAUAUUCUGCAGGGAUGUAACUCAAUUUAGCCUCACUGAGUACCCAUUGGCACACUAUGCACGAAAGGCUGCAUUAAGCGGUUGCUUCGCAAUAUGCUUGGAGAGCAAUUACACUGGAAAUGACGUUUACGUGCUAGAGUUUUUUAUGCCGAUGAGCAACAAUGCCAGUGAAGACCCACAUACCUCAUUAGGGAAAAUAUUGGAAACAAUGAGGAAAAAUUUUCGUUGUCUUAGGGUUGCUUCUAGAGAAGAACUUGGGGAAGAAUUACAUAUUGAAGAUAUUACUAUUCAAAAUGGUGAAAAACUUGAUCCUGUUCAAAUCCCCCAAACCACUAUAUCUUUGCCUCUGUUGGAACUCUCACAAAGUGAAGUUGAGGUAAUGCAAGUGGAUUCAUCAGAUCAACAAUUAGAGAAUGCCAUAAAUACUGGAAGCAAUGUUUUUGGUACAGGACAUAACAGCAUUGCUAUUACUUGUACACAAGAGAAAGACACAGUGAAGGCGUCAAAAAGAAAAGGCAACAAAUCUGGAGGCACAGUAAAGGCGUCAACAAGAAAAGGCAACAAAUCUGGAGGCACAGUAAAGGCGUUAACAAGAAAAGGCGACAAAUCUGGAGGCACAGUAAAGUCAUCAGACAGAGAAGACAAUAAAAAGGGAGUUAAAAUUGGAAUUUCCUUAGAAGAAAUCCUACAAACUUCAGAAAUGAAACUUGAGGAUGCUGCCCAAAGCCUCGGAGUUAGCAAAUCUACAUUGAAGCGUGUAUGUAGGGGUUAUCGUAUCAAGAAGUGGCCAUCUCGCAAGAAAAACAAGGUUGUUUGCUCUCAGCUCAAUGAAUCGGCCCUGUGUGUUGAUCUGGGACAAAGCUCUCAAUUGAAUCUUGAUGAUCUUCCUUCUGCUCAACUCUCAGCUACUACAGGAAAGACGUCAACAAGAAAAGGCGACAAAUCUGGAUACACAGUAAAGUCAUCAGACAGAAAAGACAAUAAAAAGGGAGUUAAAAUUGAAAUUUCCUUAGAAGAAAUCCUACAAACUUCAGAAAUGAAACUUGAGGAUGCUGCCCAAAGCCUCGGAGUUAGCAAAUCUACAUUGAAGCGUGUAUGUAGGGGUUAUCGUAUCAAGAGGUGGCCACCUCGCAAGAAAAACAAGGUUGUUUGCUCUCAGCUCAAUGAAUCGGCCCCGUGUGUUGAUCUGGAACAAAGCUCACAAUUGUAUCUUGAUGAUCUUCCUUCUGCUCAACCCUUAGCUACUAUUGUUCACACCGAGCCACAUGAUACAACGAUGCAAGAUGCCAAUGUUGUGACUAUAAAAGCAAAAUAUGCAGAAGGUAAUGCAAUUAAGUUUCGUCUGUCUUUGUCAUCGAGGCUCAUAGAGUUGCAGCAAGAAGUGGCGCAGAGGCUAGACCUAGAGGCUGGAACUUAUUGUGUCAAGUAUAAAGAUGAGGAUGGUGAUUUGAUUUUAAUAGCUUGUGAUGGGGACUUACAAGAUUAUAUGAGCGUUUCUAGAUCGGAAGGCAAAACUUGUAUUGUGGUAUUGCUUGAACCAAAGGUACCAAUUCCUGAUCAUCUAUAGGAGAGAAAAAAAGAGAGAAAAGAAGUUGCCAAUUUACCCACUGAACAAAUUGAAUCUUGCUAAAUAAGCACUUCCUUUUAAACUGCCUUAUCGUUAACUAAUGAGAUUUUACAUUUUGUGUAGUUAUCGUGGUAUUUCUUCUA